AUGAUUCUGUCUGAAAGAAGAAAAACAGAAAAAACACUUGCAAAAUCAUUAAGACCUUCUUUAUUUUUGAAUGAAUUAGAUUUAUAAACAAUGCUUCAAACAUCUUCAGUGAAAACAGAAGGUAAUAUAAAUAUUGCCUCAAAAAACGAAGCGUAAUAGCCAAAUAGAUAGUUACGCGUAAUACCUGAAAACCCCACUUUUUAAAUGUUACCUUAGAUUGAAGAAAAAUUUGUACUAAAUUCGAAGUUAAUUAAUCUUCAAAAGGAUAGAAGGGAAUCAAAUAUUUUUAAGAAUGUUGCUUCAGAAUCAUUAUUACAAUAAUCAAAGAGUGAUAUUAAAUUGCCUCAUAUUUCGUAAAGCCCAUAAGUAAAAACUUUACCAAGACAUUCUAGAUAAUUAACAAAUGAUGAAUUAAGAAAAGUCGAAUUUAGACCUUCAAUAAUGGUUAUUGACUUUGUAAAUAACAUUAUGAAGAAAGACUAAAUCGAUGGCAGUUCAAAACCUUUAACAAAAAAAUUAUAGAGAUAAUAAACCAGAUUUGUUAAAUAAAGCUUAUGA